CCACACACAGUCCAUUUAUUCCCUUCAUUACCGGCUCCAAAAAAGCAUCUCCUUUUUCUCCUCUUCCACAGCCCCACCGGCGCGUCCGCCGCCACCGCCAUCUCCGAUGGGCUUCCCCUCCGUCUGCUACACCGUCAUCCUACCCCGCCCCGUCGCCCUCGUUGUCCAACUCCUCGAUCUCCUGAAGCUCGCCCUCUCCGCCGGCCUCUUCUUCCUCGGCCUCCCCUCCUCCCCUCCCUACUCCGCCGCUGUCGAUGACCUCUACCCAUUCCCCACCUACCCGCUCCUCCACCUCUCCGACUCCCACCUCCCUCCUCCCGCCUCCGUCAAGUCCCGCCUCCCCGUCGUCCGCUUCUCCGCCCUCCGCUCCGACGGCUCCGCCCUCUGCGCCGUCUGCCUCGGCGCCCUCCACCCCAGCCACGAGGUCCGCCACCUCGGAAACUGCCUCCACGCCUUCCACAAGUCCUGCAUCGACAAGUGGGUCGACGUCGGCCAGCUCACCUGCCCUCUCUGCCGCGCUCCGCUCCUCCACCAUCAACCGCCGGAGGAUGACGAUGAGGUUCCAUCUUUGUCUCCUGCAAACAACGAAAGCUUGCCUCCCUGAUCCACUGUGAAAUUUGUGCUUGUUUAGCUACUCACGAGAUGCAAAAGAACCCAACUUUGCCUUCAGAAUACUACUAUAGAUCUACAUCAAACAAGGGAAGAAAAUUAAUUAGCUUGAUCUUAAAACUUCAAUUAAUUGUUUCUGUUGAUCUUAUCUAGAACAGCUUGGUGCUGACAUAAAUUGUGCCCUUUUACAAGUAUCAUACUUUGAUUGCAUUAACAGCCAAGCAAUAAUUCUCUGGAAAGAACUGAGAGAGAGGACUAGAUCAAGGCACUUUGUCAAAUGUGGAGCACCUUUGUCAUCACUCACUUCACCAUGGAGAGGGUCCCAUGCACGAGACUAGAGGCACAGGGACUUCAUUUAUUGAAAGCUUAAACCUAUCCCUGCUUUCCUAUGUGAAUUGUGUUUCCUCUUGGCUUAGACUUGGUGGUCUGGGUUAACUGGCUAAGUCUAAAAUAGGAGGAAAACAUAGUCCGGUUGGACCGAAUGGAACCGGUUGGGCAACAUGUAUCGGCGUUGUGCCAAGAACAUCCCAACAUCCCAAUCAAAUCCAAUAUUUUCAAUUCAUUUUCGACCAAUUAGGAUCUUGUCUAACUUUUGAGGUAAACCAACUAAAGUGGUAAGAGGAAAGAAAACAAAAUUAAAACUUCAAUGUGGUGAGUGCAUGAUAGGUCAUUUGGCUCUUUCAAUGGAGGGACC